AGUUUUUCCAGGAAACGUUAAAGAAAGCACUAGGCAGUUUUCAUUCCAGUGACGAAGGACGUACUGUAAACAAAGUGAAUUUUUGGUAAAUAGUGCAUUAAAUAAGGAGGCUUUUUACCCCGCCCUAGGAAUGGAUCCAUCUUAAGCAGAGCUGGAGACAGGCAGGAUGUGAACACGCUCUCGCGCAGCUGGAGCUGAAAGGCAAUAAUGACUUUGACUAAGAUAAAGGCAGAAGUUUGGUUUUAGAUCAGUUUGGUUCCAGUCGGUGUCCGCUGAAUUUUGAUAGCAAGAAGUCCGCAUUAACUUUCAUGUUUUGUGACGAGGAGCGCGACACGGAGUCGUUCGUGUGCGGCGAAUCAUUUCAAGCAAGGCCAACAAAUAAUUAAGCUCAGACCACCUGGACUAAUCCUCAAGUAUCUGGAUAUCCUCUACAAAUCAUCCCCGUUUCUGUGAAUUCGCUCUGUUAGUGUGUCAGGAUGGGCUAAAAACCAUUGCUAGCACCUGCGCACCAUACACCUGGACCCACCACAGUCUCACCUGUGCAGGUGGUGAGUCUCGACACCAUGCAGGGACCUCGGAGGAAGGUGAAGGUCAUGGUGAUGAUGACAAUGGUGUUCAUUUUCAUAGUGGUGGAGGUCUCUCUCAAUGCUGGGAAGGGAGACAGCAACAAAAAUAAGCAGCUGGUUCCCACGAAGCGUUUCUGGGCAAAAGAUCUCCCCAGUGACGCCUACUGGAAUCGCCGACAGCAACAGCUGAACUACAUCAACAAUCGCAACCUAGAAAAGCUCAACUUCACGAUUAAGCUUCCAGACUGGUUAAACGACACAGUUAGUUUGGACUCCUGUGAGCCUGACUUCAGGGUGACCACCGAAGUCAAGGAUUACAACUCUCUACCGGAUCGCUUCAAGGACUUUCUGCUUUUCAUGCGCUGCAGGUCCUAUCCCAUCGUGAUGGAUCAGCCAAACAUAUGCAAAGACCCACCGUUCCUCCUCCUAGCUAUCAAAUCUUUAGUCCCGCACUUUGAUCGACGUCAGGCCAUCCGUGAGUCGUGGGGCAAAGCUGGCCUCCUUGCAAACCGAACGGUCGUUACAGUGUUCCUUCUUGGGAAUGCAGCCAUGGAGGACCACUUUCCUGAUCUCUCAAAGAUGCUUCUCCAUGAGAGCUCCAUACAUGGAGAUAUUCUCCAAUGGGACUUUAGGGACACCUUCUUCAACCUCACCAUCAAGGAAGUGCUUUUCCUGGAAUGGCUGAACACCCGCUGUCCUGGAGUCAGUUACGUCUUCAAGGGCGAUGACGAUGUUUUUGUUAACACCAUCCGCAUUAUAGACUUCCUAAGCAAUCUUUCUCAUGCCAAAGCCAAGGAACUGUUUGUAGGAGAUGUGAUUACCAACGCUGGUCCACAACGGGACAAAAAGGUCAAGUAUUUUAUCCCGGAAAGCAUGUUCGUUGGUACGUACCCUGCUUAUGCGGGUGGGGGCGGUUAUUUGUUCUCGGGACAGCUGGUCCAGAAGCUUCGUAACGUCUCGAGGUUGGUGCCACUCUACCCCAUUGAUGAUGUCUACACAGGUAUGUGCCUUAAGAAACUGGGCCUUGCUCCUGAGAAGAACAAAGGCUUCAGGACCUUUGAUAUUGAGGAGAAAUAUCGCGAUAAUGCCUGUGUCUAUAACGUCCUGAUGCUGGUCCAUCCCAGAAGUCCUCAACAUAUGAUUAAAAUCUGGGCCUGGCUGAAUAACCCAGCUUUGAACUGUCAUUGAACUGUUGGUCCAGGGUUUUGGCUGCUUUAAAGGGAUAGUUCACCCAAAAGUGCUAAUUUGGUCAUAAUUUACACAUCCUCAUGACAUUGUAGAACUGUAUGAUUAAUUUUUUUUUUUUUUUUUUUCAUUUGUUGAACCAGAAAAAACUGUCACGGAUCACUUUUUAUUUAUUUACUUCGUCCCCAUUGACUUUCAUCAUAUGGACGUCUUUUGUGUUCUGCAGUUUGGAACAACAUGAGAUUGUGUAAAUGAUGACAAAAUUGUCAUUUUUGGGUGGACUAGCUCUUUAACAUUUUUACCAUUUGUUCUAAAUGUGAUUUUAUUUAUCAUCUUUAUGUACUCAAUUUCAUGUCAAAGGUCAGAAGCGAUGAUGAGCUCUUUAGAUGUGUAUAUAUUUCAAAUGUAGCUCUAAAUUGCCACACGCACAGUAUUUCAAUGGCUUGAGUUUCGGUGUCAAAAACUCUGCUGAUAAUGUUACAAGUAUUUAUACAGUUCUCUGUGGUUGAGAUCAACGGUGCUGAGAAUUGUGGGAAAUGCAGUUCAGCUGGUCUGAACAUGGCACAGGCGAUACACCGCACACCUGAACAUAAAUGUCAAUCAUUUUGAUAAAAUGUGGUUUCUUUUUCUAUAGAAGGAUUCCGUUGCAUUAUGCUACAGUAAACAGAUGUGUUUGAACACUCUAUGCAGCCAUCACAAGGCUAAUCCAAACUUGCUGCUCUAGUUAUUUUUGAUGUAAGAACACAUUGCCUUCCUGUUUAUAUUAUGUCAUAUUACCACAGCCCAUGCUGGUUUAGAUCAAAUGAAGAGUUGGCUCAUUUUAGAGCCCUAUUUGUGGCAACAGCAGUUUUGCAUACCAACUGAAUAUAGAUUGAAUUCCCAGACCUCCACAUGUAUGCUUUUGCCGUGCAUUACUGGCUCUUUUCCUUCUAGAAUAUAUAUAUUUUUUCUUUCAGGAGCAGACAAUCAGUUGCAACUCAUAAAGCUUUGAAUUAACAGAGCCAAAACUGGGUCAUUGUGUCAAAGAAAUGUUUAAAAUGAACAAAAUCAUUAACUCUUUUGGUGAAAAACUAGAUGAUAUGCUUGCUCCCCUAUCAGAUCUGAUUCUCAGGGUGUUUUUUUUUUUGUUUUGUUUUUUGAGAGCGAGAGUUUUGGUCAAGCUUGCAAAUCAGAGAUAAAGUUCAGAGCUAUGGGUUUCGUUUUCAAAUGAAUUAAACUUUGCAAACAGUUUUCCAGACCUAAAUGAAGCCUGUCGCUGUUGUGAUCAUGCUGUCCUUGCUUUUUCCCUUCUUAUAAAGAGGCCAGGAAAUGGAGACUCAGCUGGAUGACUUAAUUACAGAAUUUUACACAGUGGCCCCCAACUAAGUUACAGUGACCCCUGCUGGUCUGCAUAUGUUUUUCUUUU